AUGCCUGCUGCCAAGAGCGACGCGCAGCCUCAGCUGCUCUUCGUCGACGGCUCCUUCGAGGAGCUGGCCCGGGAGAUGGCCGACUACCUCAAGGCCGAGGACGCGAAGCAGCUGCUGAGCGGCGACAAGGCGCCCUCCAAGGAGGACGUCCUCGCCAAGCUAGUCGCGGCCUCGAGCGCUCUCAACACGGUCCCCGAGAAGGAGUACACGGCGGCGUCGAACCUCAUGAUCCACCUGGUGCUGCAGUCGGCCGAUCCGAAAAAGUACCUGCCCGCGCUCUGCGCCAACUUUGCCAAGCCCAUGGGCAACUCGCCCGUCCACGGCGCCGGCCUCUCGCUCAACGCCCUCUCCACCGUCUUCAACCUGCUCGAGCCGGCCGACCCCAUCCGCGCGCGCGUCUUCAUGGAGAUCCUCAAGUUUCUCAAGGCCCAGGGCAUGUUCGACAGCCUGCGGACGUACCUCGAGCGCCUGCCCGCGUGGCUGGAGUCCUGGGGUGCCGGCGAGGAGAUUGAGCGCAAGAUUUACGAGGAGGUGGCCGACGUGGCCGCCGAGGCUGGCGAAGAGAGUGAAAGCUACGAGUUCCUGCUCAAGGCCCUCCGCACCUUUGACGCCGACGACAAGGAGGAGCUCACCUCGGACGACGCCCAGCGCCUGUCCCUCCGCGCCGUCAAGAUUGCGCUCCUCUCCAACACCUACUUCCUCUUCCAGGACCUUCGCGCCAUCCCCUCGAUACAGGCGCUCGCCGACACGCACCCCGUCUACGCGCAGCUCCUCGACAUCUUCGCCGAGCAGGACCUCGAGGACUACAACGACUUCAACGACGAGCACGCUGGCUGGGUCGCGCAGCAGAAACUCGACGGUGACCGCCUGCACCGCAAGAUGCGCCUGCUGACCUUUGCCAGCCUCGCGGCCGCCACGCCCUCGCGCGAGAUCGCCUACGACAAGAUCUGCCGCGCCCUCCAGAUCCCCACCGAUGAGGUCGAGCGCUGGACCAUCGAUGUCGUCCGCGCCGGCCUCGUCGAGGGCAAGCUCUCGCAGCAGCGCCGCAUGUUCCUCGUCCACAAGGUCACCUACCGCGUCUUCGGCCAGAAGCAGUACCAGGAGCUCGCCACCCGCGUCGACCACUGGCGCGCCACCCUCGGCAACGUCCUCACCGUCCUCCUGCAGGAGCAGGCCGCCGCCAAGGCCACCCGCGAGCGCGAGGCCCUGGAGCUGGAGCGCAAGCUGGCCGGCGCCGGCGCCGGCGGCAACCAGGGCGGCGAGCGUCGCCGACAGCAGCGCGAACGUACUGACAACGACGACUAA